AUGGCCAACAGCACCGUCACUGCCGUUUACCGGUUCGUCAUCGACGACGUGAUCACCAACGUCCGCCGCGACUUUGAGGACAUGGGAGUCGAUGAGACUAUUAUGCAUGAGCUUCAGAGAUCGUGGGAAGCAAAGCUUGCUCAGUCCAAGGUGGCCGCCAACCAGCCUGCAGAGCCAGCCGCGGCAGUCGAGGCGUACCCUUUUGAGGAGCCAGCCUACGAACAGCCAGCCGCUUCCUCAGCCCAGACAUCCAGCUCUGCUUCCGCCCCAGCUCCCGCUGCAACUUCUGCCAGUGCUCCGGCUCCUACUACUUCGGCGGUUGCUCACCCACCUACUCUGCCACCUCUCCCCUCGUUGCCUCUUCCUCCUGUCCCCGUCGCACCUUCGGCGUCCGCUCCUGCGUACAACUAUCGCGUGGAACAGACACCUGCAGCCAACCUCGCCAAUUCGACCACAUUACAGGGAGAUCAUGGCAAUGUCGGCAGACCCCAGCAGUAUGCGCCAUCUCGCGGAGGCAUUUCGCUUCCUGGCGGAGGUCGUAACGGAGCAAACAACAGCAACAACAACAACAACAACAACAACAACAACAUUCCUCAGCACGAUGGACCAGCCGAUGCCGAGACUGUUGAGCUGGAGAUGAUGAACAGACAGGAACUGGAUUCAUACAUCGAAAAGAGGAUCCAGGAGGGCAAAGACCAAGACAGCGAGAUGACUUUCACGUUGACCAUGUCGGAUCGUGCUGCGCGCAAGAUGAAGCGGGACGGACUGGGACUGGGACCAAUGGAGGGGUUCUCGAUUGGACAGGUGGAUGGAGGAGAUGAUGAUGAUAACAACGGGACAGAGGAUGAUACGGGACUGGGCUCGGAUCUGGAUGAUAGCGAUGGAGAUAUGGAUGAGGAGUCGGAUAACAUUGUGUUGUGCCAGUACGACAAGGUGUCGAGGACCAAGAGCAAGUGGAAGUGCGUCCUCAAGGAUGGCAUCAUGCUGAUCAAUGGUCGCGACUAUCUCUUCCACAAGGCCAACGGCGACUUUGAGUGGUAG